UAUGGAAUCGACUCCAAGGCUGGGGAACCGACUUUCAAUUCCUGAAGCAUAGAAUCGGAUUUUUUAAGGAACCGACUCUUUGUUAUAGACUCCCAGCCUAAUGAAUCUGGCGUUUUAGCUGCGUCUCCCUGGACAAGAGCAAGACGUCAUGGAUGAAGGAAAUCAUGUCGAAGCUGACGACACAGAUGAACUGCUCAGUACUGAUGGGGAAACAGAGGUAGUCACUAAAUUUGAGGUCAGUUUACCAGCUUUCCCCCGAGAUCACUGCGAUCUGCUGCUGGAUGCCAUCGACGCCCAGCUUAGCCGCCUGCAGACUUGCAGUAAUAGCCAGGUGAACGGAGAGAACAGCAAAAUGGAACGUGUUCUUGGCUCAGUGUAUCCUGACAAAAGUGAAUCGUUAAGUAAAGACACAGGACUGGGCACUGAUAAAGCAAACUCCACCCCUGAUGGAUCAAAUGUGGAGUUGUCAAAAGUGGAGCCCAGCCGAGGCAGAAUGGAGCUGGUUGAAUGGCAGGAGAAAGUGCAUGAGUGUGAUAGAUUGGGUACUGGCACGUCACUGCAUACAGAGAGAGCUGGAGAAGCUGGGAACUCCAGGAGAGAACAGUGCCUCUGGAGACUGGAGCGACUGCUUGGAACUAAUACAGGGCAGGUAAUCGGAAAGGAAGGUGUGGACGAGGACGACAGCGUCCAUACUGAGGAUUUCAGUGCGAGAUUCUUCAGUGAGAUGUUGGAACCAACUAAGCUGAUAGCAGUAGAUGCAGUCCAAGACUCCUGUGGACCGGAUUCUGCUAGUAUCAGCAGUAACACGACACGUCUCACUGAACCCCAGACUGUACAGAACACAGCCCAGAACCCCAGUGGGCUUUCUUUUAAGUUUUCCACUAAGCAUCUAGCAGGAGUCCCACUGAAAAACUUUGACUUGGUUCCGAUAGACAGCGAUCUGGACUCUGUGUGUACAGAGCGAGUGCGACACCAUCUCCGCAGGACUCUGAACAACAAGCUAGCAAAGAAAGAAUUCAUGCAAAAUGAAUCAUCUUCAAAACCCAGUAUAAAGAACACCCAGCAGAAUCAAGUCCAAACAUUCAGCUCUGAUGAUGAGGGUGAAGUGAAUGCUGAGUCUGUAAGACGUUACAGAGCACACAGAGCUCAAGUCAGCGUCCAGCGGAAGGACAAACGCAACCAUAAGAAAAGAAACAACACCUCCACCAGCUCUACCAUCUACACUGAUAACAGAGACAAACCAGAUAACAGGGUCAAAAAGGAAUUUAGCAACAUGGAAUUUUCAGCUAUUGAACUACAACAGCAAAAAGUGGCUACAAUGCAGGAAGUGCAGAAACUAAAGGAGGAGGUGAAGCAGGUCCAGAAAGAACAGCACACUCUAAAUCGUAGUGUGACUCAGACCAGAACACACAAUCAGCUCCUCAGGAAUGAACUACACAAACUCCAGGCUCAAAGAGACUCGUAUGCUCAGGAGGUCAGGACUCUGCAGGAGGGCCAAGCUGCAUUACAGAGACAUUCGUGUCCUUGUCACCAUGACACCAGCCCCAACAGGUCAAGAACUAGCAGCUGUGUAUCUGUGCUGGAGAGGGAGGAGAUGGAUCGGUUACUCAACAGCACCAAAUCAGAACUCUUCUCCGAGCAGCGCAAGUUUAGACAAACCCUGGACUCCAUGCGGGAGAGACUGGAGGAGGGCAGCCAGGAGCUGGAGCAGAAGGAAGAGGAAAGCAGGAAGCUCAGAGAGAAAUGUUCCCUGCUGGAGGAAAAACUGGCUACAGCUACCAAAAACAGAGACGAGUUUCAGAAAUUUGUACAGAACGAGCGAUUGGAGCAGGAGAGCAGAGUCGGGGCUCUGGAGAGGAUUGUUGCCCAGAAAGAGAUGCUUCUCAUGACUGUACAGAAAGAAAAAAGUCAACUUGAAAGUGAAAUCAUGGCCGUCAGAGAGGAACACGGCACUAAGCUAACAGCCGUGCUGGCGCAUGCACAAAAACAAAAGGAAGUGGAAGUUGAGCGGUUAAGAACCGAGAUGAUGCAAAACCACACAGAUGCUCUACAGCAGAUAAAGGAGCAAGAGGCAAAAAGACUUCAGCAGUCACUGGAGCAUCAAAAGGAGGCUUUAAGAAAGAAAGAAGAGGAGCUGAGAGGGGAAAUCCAGGAACAGCUAAAGAGAGCAGUGCAGCGUGAGAAAGUGAAGCUUGAGGAGCAGAAGACCGAGUCUCUCAAAGAGCAGCGGGUCAAACUGGAGAAGCAGAUGCUGGAGGUGGAGAGGAGAGGUCGAGCAGAUUUGGAGAGAGAAAGGAGAGGUGCACUGGCUCUUCAGAACAAGAUCGUGGAGCUGCAGAAGAAGGUGGAAGGAUUGGAGAGUGCAGCGUUGGUGCAGACAUCCAUGCUCAGAGCUUUGAACGACGAGCAUCAGACGGAGGUUCUUAAGUUGCGCAGACAGCUGCAGCAGGAGGCUGAGAGUGAUGCUGUGCAUCAUAAGGAGCGUAUUAAGCAUUUGGAGCAGGAACUGCAGGGACUGAAGGCCACACUGGCAGACUGUGAGCACCUCCAGCAGGUGGCAGCAGCCAGACAUGAACAGCAGAAUGUCGGCUGGGCUCAGGACAUGCAUACUGAGUGUGUGUAUCUGCAUGAACUGCUCACACACUCCAGCGUCUCUGUGGAUACCAAACAGCUCUCACACAGUGUGACAGUUAGUGAGGCUGUUCAGGUGCUGCAGUCUCUCAGAAAACCCCUUCAUCACCUCAUUAGUACCCUGCAGAACCGCAUCACCUCCCUAAAAACUGCCAACCAACAGCUCAGUGCUGAUAAGGAACGUGAGCUGCAUGUGCAGAGAGAGCAGUUUACAGCAGAGAAGGAGAAAACUGUAAAUGCACUGAAGGAGAGACUCAUACAGGAGCACAUCGAGGAGCUGAGCAGUCUGAGCAGGUUGCGUCUGCACGAGGAGGACGAUGGUGGCGGUGUGGCCGCAGGUCUGCGCAGGCAGCUGCAGGCUAAAGAUGAAGAGCUGCGGCAGGUGCAGAGGAACAUGGGCCAGUGGAAGGAGAAAACCACAGCACGGCUCGCCCGCAAGUUCGAGCAGGAGCUCACCUCAGAGCUGGAGAGAUGGAAGGUAGACUGGUUGAGAAGAAGGAAAGUCUCCAGCACCAGAUCAGACCAGCAGAGAAGGCAGGAGCAGCUCGAGCUAGAGAUGAGACACCUGACUGGGAGUUAUGGUGAGAUUACAGACACCCCUGCGUCCUCUGCUCAUCCUCACGUCUCCAAUCUGCCACGCACGCCCAGCGGACACGACCUGGCCUCCUACAACCUACUGCGCCACCUCCAGAGUCGAAUCCGCCAACUACAGGCUGAUGCACAGAGCCACACCCCAGCUCACACCCCGAGCACUGUGCGUCUGAAGCAGGGAGGACGAGACACAGAGUUGGCCGGCUCCUACCUCGAGACGAUCGCGCCAGUGCUGAAGAGUUGAGAGCUGUGGAGAACCAGCUCUCUCUGGGAUUGGUGCUACUGUGUGUGUGGAAGAUCUUUCUAUGGGUCGCCUUAAUCGAACAGCGAAGUCUUUGUUAGUUAUCGGGUAAUUGGUCAGUCAGAUUAAUUGGUUGAUCAUACACGUCCUCGCUCUGAACUUUUUAAAGUUGAAUUUCAAUAACAUUUAAAUGGCCGUGCACAUAAAAAAUCACAUUUAGAUUAUUUUCACUUCAUGUUUGUAACAAAUAAACACACAAACUUUGUUA